UCGAAAACAGAGAACAAAACAAGCGUGGUGGCGCAACCAUUUUUCAACAAUUGUCAAACUUCUCCUUUCCAAAAAAUAAACCUAUACAUAUACAUAUAUAAUAUAUAUAUAUAUCAUAUGGGUGUGUAUAGUUUUACUUUAUGGUAAGGUAUCAUAUUCCAAAAUUGAUAUAUGAGAAAAUGAAAGCUUAGUUUGGUUUUGUAAAGAACCAAAAGUUAUAAGAAAUAUGGGUUCAUGGCAGAAUUCAAGAAAACCAUCAUCUACAAAGCUUUUUUGGGUGAUUAUAUUGUUUAUGUGUAUAGGUGUAUUUAUAGGGGUAAAAAAGUUAAAUUUGGUUGAUGGGUUAAAGAAUUACUCUUUGGUGAUUAGUUCCUCUGCUUAUUCUUCCUCUGUAAUUAAAGAAAAUGUAACAGUGGUGGCUGAAGGUCCAGCAGGGCAAGAGUCAACGGUGGUCAAAGGUGGUGAUGUGGUGGCUGAAGGUCCAUCGGAAAAUUUUGUUUUUAAUUCUUCUUAUCCACCUUUGGCUAUGGAAGAUGAAAUGGAUGUUGAGCUGCCAGCUAUUGCCAAGGAAGACGACUUGAACGUUACACUGAGUGGACCGAACGUUUUUGUUUCUGUAAAUCAAACUACGGCGCUGCCUUUGGAUAAACAAAUUAAUAAGAAAUACACAAGUUUAGAUAAACUCGAAGCUCGUCUUGGGAGGGUACGUGCUGCAGUUAAAGAAGCGGAGACAGGAAAUAGAAGUCAUGAUCCAGAUUAUGUUCCUGAAGGCCCAAUGUAUUGGAAUGCAGCCUCAUUUCACCGGAGUUAUAUGGAGAUGGAAAAGCAAUUUAAGGUGUUUGUAUAUGAAGAAGGAGAACCCCCAAUAUUCCAUGAUGGUCCUUGCAAAAACAUAUAUGCAAUGGAAGGUAAUUUUAUCUACCAUAUGGAAACCACCAAAUUUCGAACUAAAAACCCCGAAAAAGCGCAUACGUUUUUCCUCCCAAUGAGUGCCACAAUGAUGGUUCGGUUUAUAUUUGAGCGCAAUCCUAAAGUCGACCAUUGGCGUCCUAUGAAACAAACGAUUAAAGAUUAUGUUGAUCUUGUGGGUGGUAAGUACCCUUUUUGGAACCGAAGCCUAGGAGCUGAUCACUUCACCGUUGCUUGCCACGAUUGGGGGCCUGAGCUAUCAAAAGCGGUUCCGUAUCUAUUCAAGAAUUCUAUUCGGGCUCUAUGCAACGCGAAUACAUCAGAAGGGUUCAAUCCAUCAAAAGAUGUCUCAAUCCCAGAAAUCUUACUCCCAGACGGAACAACACGUGGGAUAAUGAAUGGACCAUCCCCAAGGAACCGGCCCGUUUUAGCAUUCUUUGCUGGCGGGCUCCAUGGUCCUAUUAGACCGAUACUUUUAGAGCAUUGGCAAGACAAGGACCCUGAAGUUCAAGUUCACAAGUACCUUCCAAAGGGUGUAUCAUACAUGGGUAUGUUGAGACAAAGCAAGUAUUGCAUUUCCCCUAGUGGAUACGAGGUGGCGAGUCCUAGAAUGGUUGAAGCGCUUUACACAGGUUGUGUGCCGGUUCUCAUCAAGGAUCAUUACGUGGCCCCAUUUAGUGAUGUCCUAAAUUGGAAGUCAUUUGCCGUUAUACUCGCAGUUGAAGACAUCCCAAACCUCAAAAACAUCUUAACUGGAAUAUCUACAAGACAAUAUCUUAGAAUGCAAAGACGAGGUAAACAAGUUCGGCGACAUUUUGAGGUCAACUAUCCUCCAAAGAGGUACGACGUCUUCCAUAUGAUACUGCAUUCGGUUUGGCUUCGCAGGUUAAAUAUUCAAAUUCAAAGUGUCGCCGACUCUUGACAGGCAAUAUGAUCCGCUAGACAUAGUUUUUGUUAUAUCUUUUCAUUGGGGCGAAAUGGUGAAUAGUAGGAAAAUGUAGUGGUUGUUUGUAACUUAUUGUAAGCAAAUUGGGCCGGGUUUUUCAAUAUUUAAUUACUGUAUUUAAUUUUUGGCCUUUACCUUCAUUGUUUAAUUAA